AAUUUUUGUGUGUAGCUUAGUCGGUGUUGAUCGGCCGCUUAAGUAGGGAACGUUUUUGUGUCAUUAGACUCUCUCUCUCCUGGAUAAUAUGCUAAUAUCAGUGUGAUAAUGCAAACAACAGCUACUGAUUAAAAAUAAUUAGGGCAUUGUUGUUAACAUCAGUAUGGUAUGGUUUAGUCAACUUUCGCUGGUAUCUAGAAAGAUAUUGAAAACAAUCUUCCAAAACAAAGUCGACAAUUGUAAGCAUUUGAUAACGAUACGGUGCUCAGCAACUGCUUCUGAACAAAAAGGGACAAGAAAAAUGACUGAUUUCAACACUAUUAAUAGGCCUUCAGAACAUACCAAACUUCUGAGCAAUAAGCAAUACUUUCCCGAUCUACCCGCCAGAGGUCCAUUGGCUACAUAUCGACAACGUACACAAAUCGAUUGGCGAAAAGUGAAACUUUCGUUGAACGAUGAAGCUUCUCUCAAGCUACAGUAUGAAACGUGGGAUUUUUUACAAAAUCAUCCCGUGUUUGAACGACCCAACAGAACACUAUCGAUGGACGAGUGUCGUCAUUUGGCAACCAAACGAAUGUACGUGAUCCAGAAGGCAAACCUCUUCGGCAUCGAAAAACUGCUGGAGCGACCUGAUUUCAUGGCGUUCUUCAAUCACGUAUUGAUGGCGUAUGAGCCCAGUUUUGCAGUCAAAUUUUCGCUUGGGUUUGGUAUGUUUCCAUCCGUGAUACAGGCACUAGACGUUGGUCGUCUGACGCAUCUCAUAGAGCAAAGCCAACGUGGGGAAAUUCUUGGAUCAUUUGGAUUAACGGAGAUAUCUCACGGAAGCAAUGCGAAGGGAAUGCGCACCAUCGCUACUUAUGAUAGGAAAACAAAGGAAUAUGUACUGAACAGUCCUGAUUUCGAAGCUGCGAAAUGCUGGGUUGGAAAUUUGGGUAAAACUUGUACCCAUAUGAUUUGCUAUGCUCAACUGUAUACUGAGGAUGGGAAGCAUCAUGGAUUGAAUGCAUUCGUAGUUCCAGUCAGAGAUCCAAAAACUUUGAUACCGUAUCCAGGUGUUAUUGUUGGCGACCUCGGCGAGAAAGCUGGAUUACAUGGUGUAGACAAUGGGUUUGUCAUAUUCAGACAUUACCGUAUAUCGAAAGAUUAUUUAUUGGCACGAACUGGCGAUGUCAAUGACGAUGGUAUAUUCGUUUCUCCAUACAAGAAUGAAAAUAAACGAUUUGGAGCUUCGCUUGGAGCGCUUUCUGGUGGACGAGUCGGAAUCUGCGGUAUUGCUAAUAUGUAUUUGACUAAGGCAAUAUGUAUUGCCAUCCGAUAUUCAGCUAGUCGUAAACAGUUUGGCCCUGAUGAGGACUCUGCGGAAUUGGCAGUGUUGGAAUAUCAGUCGCAACAGUUUCGAUUAUUGCCGCACCUUGCAACAGGUUUCACCAUGAAAAUAUUUAAUUUAUGGCUUGCUAAAAUUUACGGCGAUGUGUUUCUUAAAACACUAAUGGGAGAACGAGUGGAGCAUGUUGGAAUGGAAAUACACGCUCUGUCAUCCGCCGCCAAACCAAUUUGUACCUGGGCCGCACGAGAUGGGAUUCAGGAAUGUCGAGAAGCUUGCGGUGGGCAUGGUUAUCUGAAGUUGUCCACACUCGGAGACCUUCGUAACGACAAUGAUCCCAAUUGCACUUACGAGGGAGAAAACAAUGUGCUCGUACAGCAGACCUCAAAUUGGUUACUGAAUAUCCGAUCUGUAGGUUACGAGAAGUUUUCCGAAGCAUCACCUUUAGGGACAGCGAGUUUUCUUCAGCAUUUUGACCAAAUUUACAACUCCAAAGCAAAAUGGCAAACAGAAAACGAUGCAGUGGAAGUUAAUGGUUUGCUGAAUGCAUUGAAUUGGCUGGUUACAUAUCUUCUAGAAGAAUCCCACAAAAAAGCUAUGUAUUUGAAACAGAAAGGCCAUUCGCCCUUUGAAGUCAGAAACGAAAUGCAAACAUUCUACGCAAGGACUCUAUCUAUAGCUUACGGAGAGCGACUCCUUCUGUUCACCGCUGAGAAAUUCAUGAGAAAUCUGGAAGAAGGACCCGAAAAGAUCGCUAUCAUGCGUUUGAUAUCGCUUUAUGGCGCCAAUAUUGUGUUGAAACACGUGGGAAUCUUCUAUCAAGGUGGAUACUUCACUCAUACACCAGCGGCCCUUAAGUUGUUACAGCAAGGUGUUCUCGAUCUGUUGCCGUUGAUAAAAGAUGAUGCAGUCGCUUUGGUGGACGCGAUUGCACCGCCAGAUUUUGUGCUGAAUUCACCACUCGGUAUGAGCGAUGGUGAGGCCUACAAACACAUGGAAUCAGCGAUAACACAGGCGCCUGGAACUUUUGAACGAUCCGAUUGGUGGCAUGAUGUUGUUCACAGAAGUUCUAUUAAUGCUAAGCUAUAAUGAAAUUUCCAUUUAUUUGAUAUUAAAUAUUUUAGGAACGUUGAAAUUUUUGUCAACUGGGGAAAAUAAAAUAGAGAGUUU